AUCUUGUUCACAAACAAAAGAGCCAAGAAGUCAGCAAAGCUAUUAAAUAUUCCGACGUCCCCACCACCCUAUUACACCACCACCACCACCACCACCACCACCUAUCUCUGUCAGUCCCCUUCAUUCCGUUUCUCCAAUCUCUUCCGUUAAUCUCGCCACUUCCUUCCCUCCAAUAAAAUAUAAACCCACCCACCCACACACACAAAAUAUAUCUUCUAUAUCUCUAUAUAUAUAAACAAAAUCCUUUUUAUCUCCCUUUUCUUUUUUUCUCUCCCUUCAGUCCAAAAACACACACAUACGCACAAUGCCGCCUUCAGUAACCGCCUUCACCUUCUUCUUACUCAUCACACUUUCCACUUGCUUCCCUUUCGAUAUAGAGUUUCACAUAGACUGUGGCAGCUCAACUACAACAACCGAUCAUUUCAAUACGACAUGGUUUUCAGACCGGUACUUCACCGCCGGUUCGACCGGUUUAGUUUCCGAACCGUUACGGUUUCAAUCGGAUCACGAAAAAACGCUCCGUUACUUUCCGGUUUCGUCCGGUAAGAAAAAUUGUUACAUUUUCCCUGAGAUUCCUUCCGGUAGAUAUUAUUUACGUACUUUUACUGUUUAUGAUAACUUUGACGGAAAAUCAAAUUCUCCGAGUUUCGAUUUAUCGGUAGAAGGUACUGUUGUGUUUUCAUGGCGGUCGCCGUGGCCGGAGGAUAUUAGCCGGAACGGUGCUUAUUCCGAUCUGAUGUUUUUUACAUCUGAUGGUGAUGCUGAUGUGUGUUUUUAUAGUAUUGCUACUGAUCCACCGGUUAUCGGUUCGAUUGAGUUGAUUCAGAUUGAUCCGGCGUCGUAUGACGCUUCGUUGACCGGUAAUGGCUCGUCGAUUUUAGUAAAUUAUGGUAGGCUGAGUUGCGGUACGAAUCAGUGGGGGCCGGGGUUUAGUAAUGAUAGUGAUGUGUUUGGUAGGGCAUGGCAGUCGGAUGCGGAAUUUAGGUCUAAGAAUACUUUAGGGAUUAAGUCGGUUACGGCUGUUAGACAUGUGAUUGGAGCGGAAAUGAGUCCGAAUUAUUUUCCAACGAAAUUGUAUGAGUCCGCUGUGAUGUUGACCGGGAAAGGGAGUUUGGAGUAUGAGUUGCCUGUGGAUGCUAAAUUGGAUUAUCUUGUGUGGCUGCAUUUUGCUGAGAUCGAUGUGAGCGUGAAUGAGAAGGGGAAGAGAGUGUUUGAUGUGUUUAUCAAUGAUGAAAAUGUUACUCGAAUUGAUAUAUUUAAGGAAGUUGGGAGUUUUGCGGCGUAUAGUUAUCAUUAUGUAGCUAGGAAUUUGAGUAGUACGUCAUUGACUAUUAAGCUUGCUCCUGUCGUUGGAUCGCCUUUAAUUUGUGGACUUGAGAACUACGCAAUUGUUCCAGCUGAUGUCAUGACUGUGCCUGAACAAGCUGCUGCGAUGCAAGCAUUGAAGGAGUCAUUACGUGUUCCUGAAAGGAUGGGUUGGAAUGGUGAUCCUUGCGCUCCUACUAAUUGGGAUGCUUGGGAGGGUGUUACUUGCCAUCUCAAUAAGGACGAGUCUGCUCUUGCGAUCUUUCAGAUAGAUCUUGGGAGUCAAGGGUUAAAAGGCUACAUUAGUGAUAAAAUUGAUCUUUUGACUAACUUGGUAAGCUUGAACUUAAGCUCUAAUUCGUUAGGAGGUACUCUACCUACAGGGCUGGGACAAAAAUCUCUUAAGAAACUGGAUUUAUCAAACAAUCUGAUUUCUGGGUCCAUACCCGACAGUUUAAGCUCUUCAAGUCUACAACUUGUGCUCUUAAAUGGUAACAAACUGGAAGGACAAGUGCCAGAGGAGCUUUACUCUGUUGGGGUCCAUGGCGGAGCUAUUGACCUUUCUGGUAACAAAGGCUUGUGUGGUGUGCCUUCGUUACCAGAUUGUCCAAUGUUCUGGAAAAACGGUGGUCUAUCAAAUGGUGGUAAAAUUGCAAUAGGGAUAUCAUGUGGUGUUGUCUUUAUAUUGGUAGCGGCUAUAGUAUUUGUUUGCAUCAGGAGACGACGUAAUGACUACGACUUUGGUCUACCUCAGGAGUUGAUGUCUCUUGCUGCAAAAAGAAAUAAGUAUCAGAGACAAAAAUCCUUGAUGGCUCUAGAAAUGGAGAGCCAACAUGCCAAAGGGUUUAUACCAAGCUACAAUUCAAAUUCUUGAUUGCUGUCUUCCAUUCAGUUCCAAUAGCACACAGUAUGUGAAGAAGAUGGUGUAGAGUGGCGUGGAUUUGUUGGUACAUAGGUACACACGUAGAACAUCUUUUUGAGUUACCUGAAUAGCGCGGGUGCAAGUCUGCCAACAAAUGACUGAAAGUUUAAUUUAAUCCAACUUGUCAAUAGAGUGCAAUGUAUUAUUUAUCUGUGUUAUUUAUUCUAUAUAUAUGCAUCUACCAAAUGCCACACAUGUAUCAUUGUUCAAUUUUCGGCAUUUGAUAAAUGUAGAUUUGAAACUCAUAGUCAUUAAAUCAAUAUAGAUACAUAUACUGACCCUGACCCUUACAUCAUCUGGCAUCCAGAAAAAUAUUAUUUGUCAUGAGAAAAUUCGGAAGAUUGCAACGUUCA